AAAUACAUUCAGUACUUGUAAUUAAUCCAUUCACACGAAAGGUUUUCAUUUCAUUUUUCCUCUGCUUCUAUUCUGUGUUCAUCAGAAAAUUGACAUGGUAUCAGAUUGAAAAUCAUUCUUGCUUCUGCAAAUUCAUCUUCUCAUCUCUAAAUCUUUGAAUUCUUGAAAUCUGCAUUACAAAAUUCUGCUUGAGAAUUUUUGUAGUUGUCUUCUUCGUCUUCUUUCAUUUCUUGCACUUUCUUGAAUAGAUUCCCGAAAUGGAUUCUACCAAUUCUGCCACUUCUCCUCGCUCUGUCAUAGAUUAUUCCUCUACUCCUUAUUAUCUACAUCCAAAUGACAAUCCUGGUGCCCUCCUCGUAUCAGAAAUUUUUGCUGGAGAUAAUUACAUUGCAUGGAGUCAAUCAAUCACCAUAGCAUUGACUGUCAAGAACAAGGUGGCAUUCAUUAAUGGUUCGAUUGCUGCUACUCCUGCUGAUCAACUUGUUCUUCAUACUGCUUGGCUGCGUGUUAACAAUUUGGAAAGAGAAGGCAGAGGGUAUUGUGAUUCAAGUCAUCACAAUGGGAUUGAGUCACACUUCAAGCGCCACAAUGUUGCUCCCAAACUUUCAGAGGAAGAGCGGGCUACUAGGCGGUAUGAGAUGCAAGUGGAUGCUGAACUGCAUGAAGAGCAAAGAUGGAAACGUUUGAGGAAGGCUGAGGAGGACGAUGGGUGAGAAACUACCCAUGCCAGCUUAUCUAGCGGCAGAAAUUUCUUGGAUGCUGCUCAGAAAAGUAUCAAUCGUGCUGAAAAAGGGGGAAGCUGGGUAGGUCUGCAGUUGAUUGCUGCCUAUCCUGAAUAGUUUUAGCUGAUAACUCCAGGUUUGCUUCUCCGCCUUGGCCCCCCUGCACAUGGGAUAUCUCUCAAGUAUUAGCUUUGAACCGUGUAUUGAAAUAUGAAUAGGGCGAAGUGAUAAUCGCAUUCUUUCGCAAUUUACUUCUCCUUAGGGGCUAAUAC